AUGUUUGCUGCUCAAACUGGAUUUUUACCAGAAAUCGGUCCAGGAGAAAUUCUUGUGAAAGUUCGUUUAGCAUCGAUCUGUAUGAGUGAUGUACAUACAAUUACAGGUCAUCGUAUUGAGCCGACACCAAGUGUACUUGGUCAUGAAGCAGUUGUUGAAGUUGUUGCUCAUCGUCGACCUGAAAGUGAUUUAGCAAUAGGUGAUCGUUUAACGUUUUCUGUAGCUGAUUGUUGUGGCAAAUGUGAAUUUUGUUUGAAAGGACUUAAUCAAAAAUGUGUUAAAUUAUUUAAAUAUGGUCAUGCAGAAUUAAAUAAUGGUUCAGGAUAUAAUGGAUGUUAUGCAACACAUAUUAUUCUUCGACGUGGAACACAUGUUGUAAAAAUACCUGAUACUAUAUCAGAUCGAUGUGCAGCACCAAUUAAUUGUUCACUGGCAACAACAAUGUGUGCUAUGGAAUAUGUACCAAAAAUAAAAAAUGGACGAGCUUUUGUUCAGGGUGAUGGAAUACUUGGUUUAUAUACAUCAGCUGCUCUUCGUGAAUAUGGUUUUGAAACAGUUUAUUGUUCUGGAAUGCGUCUUCAACGUUCAAAAUUUAUAGAUCGUUUUGGUGCAAUUCCAAUUUAUAAUGACGAAAUACUUGUGGAAGAAGCAAACAAGAUUGAUGUUGUUGUUGAAGUAUGUGGAAUGCCUGAUGUUGUUAAUGAUGGUUUUCGUAUGUUGAAACCUGGUGGAUUAUAUCUUUUUCUUGGUAUGGUUCAUCCACAUUCGAAAUUAAAUAUUACUGGAGAACAAAUUGUUCGUAAAUGUUUGACAAUUAAAGGUAUUCAUAAUUAUGCACCACGUCAUCUUGAUCAAGCUGUUCAAUUUCUUGAUAAAACAAUUAAUAAAUAUCCAUAUGAAGAACUUAUGGGACCAACAUAUGAUUUAUCUGAUUUACCAUAUGCUAUGGACGUUGCUACCAAAAAACAAUAUAGUCGAGUUUUAGUUAAACCAAAUAUGAUAGCAUCAUUAUCAUAA